ACAAGUAAACAGGGGCCCGGUGUGGAGACGACAUGGUGUUCGCUAUACUAGAAAACCGGUUUUGGGAAGCGAAUGCCUUGUGUGACGGUAUUGUGAGAAGGUGAAUAGCGAAAUAGGUCUUCUGUCGAUUUACUGAAUAUUGCAUACCUGCCUUCUCCAACUUCAACGGGCCAGCCGCUCUUUCAGUGUAGCAAAAGCCCUGACAGAGAGGGGUGCAGAAGGGAUGACAUAUUGCCCUCACCCCCGGGAUCUGGACGUACGGCUUGGUUGUUAUUGGCUUGUCGAUAGCGUGUCUGUUGCAUCAGCGGGUAUGGCGAGCAUUGUGUAGAAGGUGGAAACCUGGUGUCAAUUUCACUGCAUUUCAAGUGCUUCGCUUGGAGUUUUAGAGAUUUGGAGUGAAAGAUAAUUCAAUAUGAAUCACUUUGGUGGGGCAAAGGAGUCCCUUCAUUAUCCGGAUCUGGCUCAACGGAUGCAGAUCCAGAAGAACACAUUCACCAACUGGCUCAAUGAGCAGCUGAAGUCCAGGAACAUCGUCAUCCACGACAUCAGGACCGACUUCCACGACGGCGUCAACCUUCUGGCCCUGGUGGAGGAACUACAACAUCGGAGAUUCGGGGGUGUUGUUAAGCAUCCAGUGAAACAUUUUGAGAAGUUACAGAAUGUGUCUGUGGCUCUUGAUGCCAUCUCCCGGGACGGCGUGCGCAUCGUCAACAUCGACAGUGCCGUGGUGACAGAGGGCAACGUGAAGCUCCUGCUCGGCCUCAUAUGGCAGGUGAUUCUACGUUAUCAAGUUGGACUGUCAGCCGUGCAACAUCGGCAGUGGAUUCUCAAAUGGAUACAGGCAGUGAUACCGCAGUACCGGGUUAGGAACUUUACAACCGACUGGAAUGACGGCUUGGCAUUACAUGCACUGUUGGAAUUCUGCAAGCCAGGAAUCUGCCCCAACUGGCAUCACCUAAACAGAGACAACAAAUUAAACAACUGCCGCAAUGCCAUGAAGUUGGCGAAGCAGCACUUUGACAUCCCCCUUGUGCUGCGUCCCGAGGACCUAUGUUCCCCCGAGCUGGACGACCGAUCCGCCAUCACCUACCUCUCCUACUUCAUCCGACUCAACGCCCCCGGGUACGACGCCACCAUCGACUGUGUACAGAAGAGGAUCCGGACGAGGACAAUCACCAACUUUACGACCGACUGGCACGAUGGUCGAGCCCUGUGUGAACUGGUCAAGGUGUCCGGAGGCCCAGUCCCUGGGUGGCCGGAAUUAAGAGGAUCGUCUAUCCAGACUCUACAACAAGGCAUAGAAGGAGGGAGAGAUUUAGGAGUGGAGCCCCUCCUGACGGCAGAGGAAAUCCGAGAGGAAAAUCAGGAACAUCUUGGCAUCAUGGCGUACACAGCCCAGUUCCUUCCUUUCACUCAGGUCGUCACCAAGACGGAUCACAACCUCUCCAGAACCGACUACAACGUCAACAAGGUGGACAGAAGCAGCUACAAUGUCUCAGCUUCGGAAAGUAGGAAUUACAAUGUCUCAGAAAGGAGAAACUACAGCUUUGAGAAGACGGAUCACGCAGAAUAUAACGUGUCAACAAAGAUGGACAUUAAUCAAAACAGGGUCGCCGUGUAUGACGACGAGAUCAAUUCCAGCCACGCCCCAACCAUCAGCUCCCAAGCUCCAUCCUUCCAUCUCGUGAAGUCUCCUGGCACCACCACCAACAACGUCAUGUCGCCCAGAGUCGACCUGCAGAUGGAGUCGUACAAGUUCGACACGUACUCUGUUGGGGUGAUCAUUGACUCUAAGAUGUCACCUCCGUUUGACUCCGAGAAGAUCCGUGUGGAGGCUGAGGCCCCGAGUGGGCGUAUCAUCAAGAUGACCGGUGACGGCCACUACACAGCACAGUUCAUGCCAUCCGAGAUCGGUCGAUGGCGCGUCGAUCUCUACUACAACAACCGCCACAUCGACGGCUGCCCCAUUGACGUGUGUGACCCCUCUCAGGUCCGGGUGUGUGAGCUCAAAGGAGGCGGUGUGGCCAAAAUGCAGGAGUUCAAAGUGGACUGUACGCGGGCUGGUGACGGUGAAGUGCAGGUGGACAUCAAGCACCAGGGCAGGAAGGUGCCCGUGGCCAUCACACAGCCCUCUAAGGGCAUGUACAGGGUCACCUACAGCCCAUACGAUGCCGGCCCCUACUUAAUCAACGUCCAGUUCAACAGGGCAGAAGUCAGAGACUCGGACUUCCACAGCUCCGACCCCGAGGAGAGGCAGAGAAAGGCCGUGUUCAUCACCUCUAUAGAGCGGGAGAAUGGAUUAUUCAAGAUAAAGGCAUCAUGCGACUGGGAGAUCGACUACAUGACCGGCGGGCCCUUCAUCUGCCACAUCACCGACUCCUCCGACAUCCAGGUGUACGGCAUGCAGGACGGCACCAUCACCAGCUCCCCACAACUCAUCGCGGACUGUACGAAGGUCGGGGAUGGUGUGCUGGAGGCUGAGGUCACCCACAAGGGUCUGCGGUACCCUGGCAAGGUCAAGAAGGACAAGCCGGGGAUAUACAGGGUCACCUUCAAACCCAAGGGACCAGGCGUCUACAAGAUCUGGCUGCAUUUCGACGGCCAACCUGUGAAAGGUUCCCCCUUCAUCCAGGAGAUAGACGAGCUGCAGUCGCCAGUAGCCACAGGGGAGGGGCUGGAGCGAGCCAUCGUGGACAGACCCGCCACCUUCAUUGUCGACCCUCGCGGCUUCCCCGGCAACGUGUCGGUUAACGUUCAUGGUCCCACCUACCCCAUCAAGAGCAUGAUUGAACCUCAGCCAGACAACACUCUGAGGGUGCACUACACGCCGGCUGAGAAGGGCAAACAUCUGAUCAAUGUCAGGGUCGACGGCAAAGACAUUGAAGAAAGCCCGUUCAAACCUAUGGUGGUUGACCCCUUCCUUGUGCGUGUGUCCGGGGGAUGGCGCCCCCUCGUGGACGACAAGGGAGUCAUCCCACUGGUAGUCGAUAAGGAGAAGCAACUUCCGUUUGAUGCCUCCGAGGCUGGACCAGGGGAACUGACUGCUGAGGUCCGGGGACCGUCUGGGAAGAUCCCUGUAGCCGUCGACCAGAGAAACGACGGCAGGAACACCGUCAUCUUCACCCCAAGGGAGCAAGGCAAGCAUGACAUCCAUGUUCGGUGGGGCGGCUUUCCCCUUCAGAGAUCGCCUUACAUGGGUUAUGCAACGUACCGACCGAAUGAGCCCGAGCCUGAGCCCUACCCUAACGUCCGGCUGGUGCCGGUGCCCCUGAAACGUCCCGAGCCAGUAUCACCCAAGUCGUCUUUCGCAGGCUCCACGAAUGGCGACCCAUAUCGAGUGAGCAUUCACGGCUCAGAGCCUGCCAUCUACCGCCCACCGUCCCGACCCUCGUCCGUGAUGGUCCCCACACCUAUUGUUGAAGCUAUCAAAUACUACCCACCCACGGAGAGUGUCCCUACUUCACCCAAGCAUCGGGGGCCGCUCAAGGUGGUCCUCAGUGGUCGAGGACUUAAAGAAGCCAGCGUGGAUCAACCAGCUACAUUCUACAUUGACGGCUCGAAGGCAGGGGAUGGUAUUCCCGAUGCAGACCUAACCAAGGCCAGUAACGGUAAGCGUGUCCCUGUCCACGUUGAGUCUGUCCGACCCAGGGUGUUCAAGUGCGACUACACACCUAGAGAGCCCGGGGCAUACCUUCUGAAACUCAAGUGGAAUGACCAUCCGCUCAAAGGAUCACCUUUCAGGGUGAAUGUCCGCAGUCCACCACAGCCUAAACGGGUAGCCCUGACUGGUGACUGGGCAAAGGGUGGAAUCUUGGGGAAGGAUCUGGAUCUUAGGAUUGACCCUCGGGAAGCUGGUCCAGGCGAGCUGACUGUCAAGUGCACAGGGCCACGCAAGGAGCCAGUCCCAUGCAAGCUGAUCGACAACUUUGACGGUACCAGGAGGGUAAAGGUGACACCUAACACAACAGGAAGGCACAUUGUGGAGAUCAAGUACGACAACGAACAUGUCAUGGGCAGUCCCUAUGCUAUCGACAUCCGAGCGAGCACCACGCUGGGGGAUGUGAAGGUGUGGGGUCCUGGGCUGGAGGGUCCGGGUCUGAUGAACGACUUCCGCUCCCACUUCUGGGUGGACACGACAGGAGCCGGGGCCGGCGAACUGAGAGUCCGAAUCAUGGGGCCGAAAGGUGCUUUCCACGUGAAGAUGCGGAAGGCCAGCCAGAAGGACAAGCUGUACCAGGCAUUCUACAACCCAGUGGAGCCUGGAAUCUACACCAUCUACGUCCAGUGGUCUGGACAUCACGUCACAGGGAGCCCCUACACAAUCCUCCUGGCCAGAAAUAAGGACGAGUUGUACAGGCUGCAGCGUGAUGGAAGUGUGACCAGCAACUUCUCCAAACCCCCAUCCCCGAGGGAUGUGUUAUACUGAGCCCUGCCAAACCACACCAUGCCCAAUGAGAGAUCUGUCGCUAGGAGAACGUAUACCCCUGCUGUGGGCUUAUAACAUCAAAUAUGGUUCAAAACUAUCUUUGUGCAUAUACUUGGAAAUGGGAAGAUUGAAGCCCAUUGAAUGUGGGUUAAGCCUGUACUCAUUUCCUACAGUUGUAUCACGGGCAUUGACCCAGCUACUUGCCCACCUCCGAAAAUGUGUGGGUUGAGAGAGUUGUUAAAGUGGUUGUUCAUUUAUGCCAAAUACUGGCCCACCCACCCUUUAAUCUUUCUACAAAUGAUGUCUAUACCUGAGAUUCGCUAUAGUGAAUAAAUGAAUUCAUAUCUUUUUGACCGGUAUGGUAGGCAAGUGGUUAAAGCAUUUGCUUAUCACGCCUAAGACCACAGUUCAUUUCCCCCAAGAGUUAGUUGUGUCUGCACAAUUGGGUACAAACGUCUGUGAGUCACAGGACAAAUACUUGAGUCUGCCACCAUAUGAAACUAUUUGGGACAUCAUCUCACAAGUGUGUGCUAUUUCUGAUGACUGGUCUCCUUACACAUGACCAUGCUAUCCCUGUUACUUAAGAGCACAUUUGUUGUACAAACCACUGAUAUUAUGAUCUCAAGGGUAUGGCCGAGCAGGCUUUCUAGGUAAUGUAUUUUUGUUAGGAGGAGAGCUGUACGAUUAAUAUGCAGGCUUAUUUCCCCAAAGAGAACAUGAAAUCCUGUUUGAACAACCAUCAGACAAAUUGUAGAAUGCCCGAACCAGACUCAACUCAAACGGAAUAUUCGCUUUCCAAGGUUAUUCAGAUUUCCGCCAAAAUCUACCGACAGGUUAUUUUGUUUGACUUAGACUGAGAAAACUUACAGUCGAAACAGGUAUUUUCUAUCCUUUAACUUGGAAUCUCAAUUUGAUCCACAGUAUAGACAAACAUGCCUUCCAGAUCGAGACUGCUCCCUGGUGCUAUUUAUGUAUAUUUCACAAAGUGGAACCAGUUCGGUUAUCUUUACAUACCCCCUGUGUCAAUGUUGUGUUUUUUAAGAUUUUUUUAUGAUUAUGUCAAAUAUUAGUUGUGAUAUGCAGUUAUUGCAGCUGGUAUUUUAAUAUGCAGCUGAUAUUUAUGUAUGACGGUUACUUAAUCUGUGAUCUAUGUUUGUAGCAGCUUCUCAUGUACUCACAUGACUGUUUCAGGGAGGUAAUCCAUCCUACACAACCAAGCUAUACCUACCCAACAUUUCAUAACAGAAAUACAGUGAAUCAGUCAGACCAAAUGAGCAUCUUAAUUUCGAAAGUUUAUUUAGCGCAAUCCAUACCAUCUCCACUCUAAAAAUACUGAGUACUGGAUGGGUAGCCCAUAGACUGAUUCAGAGAGGGGAUGCAGGGGUCCCCCCCCCCUCCUUUGUGCUGAAAGUUUAUUAAAAGACCAUUAAAACUCUCGUGUAAAUGAAGCGUGCACCCCCCUUUCUCAAGAGUGUUAAACAACACACACACACACACACACACACACACACACACACCGCUCAAAAAGCUUUAUCCGCCCCUGUUGCCUACGUGCUGGCUUAAUAUUAAUUGUAUCUGGGUUUGAUGAUUACAAUGGGUUACAUGGUCCACUCGUCCCAAACUUUUACAAAUGGUUGGUUUUCUCAAAUUUGCCUAUCAACCAAUGACUUAAUGUAUUUUGUUUGCACAUGAGGUUACAUCCCUGAAGCAGUUAUGGCGUCUAGACAGUGCUAUACUAGGAGCUGAUGUAUUUACUUACUUUCUUCAACAUUAGGUUGGCAGAAAUACUCACAAAACACAGUUUACUGGUUCCGAAUUUGAUAAUGGUGUGUCAACAAUGACCCUGUACCAUUCAAGAUGAUAUACUAUAGACAUGACAUGUACUGUUCCUAGUUGAUAUACUGAACAUAGUUAUGGCAUAUACUUUGGCAGUUCCAGUAGUCAUUGUAUGUUAACAGUACAUGCAUUUAGAGACUAGGGAAGGGAGAGCACUCUAUAUCCCAGUGCUAUUCUGCUGUACCAUCUACUGAAGUAUGCAAGUGUAGGACUGUUGGGUGCUUGGCAUUCAAUACAUCAGCUGAAACUUGUAUGAAAUACUCAAUUAUAUAAACGUGCAAGACAUUAAAUGGUUUAAGUAGGACACAUUAAAAACUUCAAAGGUGACAUCCUGAUAAAUAAAGAGAAAAUACUUUUUUCAAUUACAGCAGCUGAAUAUUACUGAAGUCACAUGUUCAUAUUAUGGUGUCAAAUCCAUAUUGUUGUCAGCCUCACCAAACUUGUUCUAAUAUUUUGUCUGAAAAUGUAAAAGAUUUAAAUACUGAAGAAUAUAUAGAUCACGGCAAGCGGUUUUUCUUUUCCCGAGAUGGGAAAUGACCAAGCUGGGUCCUCUAGUAAUUACUUGUCAGGAAGCUGUGCCUGAACAACAUCAGUAUCUCCAUGUGCCAGGUUAGCCUAGUGGUUGAGGCAUUCAACAGAAACCAGGAGUUUGAAUCCCUACAUGAUCCAAUUGAGCAACCCUGUCCUACCUGUGAUAUUUAACAUACAAGCAACAUUGAUUCAUACUCAUUUCCUCUCUGGUACAUUGUCAAAUAAUUACAUCUGCCAUUUCUAAAUUUCAGAAGGAUGUAUGAAUCACAAAUGUUAAUGAUUUAUUCUGGCAAGGCUAAGAUGUCAUUGCAAAACAGGUAUUCCCAUUACGGACGUCAGCUCCAUGCUGUGCAGUAGGCAGCCAAUAUUCACUGGAUGUACCACUUGGAGAUGCUAAGGCCCAGUGUUCUGAUGCCCUUCCUUGGUGUUGAGGUCUAUAUAGUUGAGUGGUGAGGUGUGCAAUAUAUUACAGUUGGAACGUCAGUAGUAGAUUAGCUGUCACAGAUAUAGCAUAUCAUCAACAUACUUAGCUAUAACAAAAUUAUUUUGAAAUAAACACUUAUUUACAA